AUGGAGGCCUAUCUUGCACGCAUGCGGGCAGAUGGCGGGCAGCCCAGCGGCGUGUCGUACAACAUCCUGAUUGGUGCAUACGCGCUCGCCGGGCAGUUUGAAAAAACGGACCUGUGUAUCGAGGCGAUGAAGGAAGCAGGAGAAAGGCUGAAUGUGAAGACGUAUUGGUCCCUGAUGGGGCGAUACGCGAAACGAGGAGCGGUUGAGAGGUUUUCCAAAGUGUGGGAAGAGGUGAAGCAGGCCGGGUUGCCUCUUGACAGAAGCAUGUACCACUCUCGAAUUGAGGUGCACAGCCGAGCGGGGGAUUUGGAGAAGGCGGAACAGGCCUUUAACGAGAUGUGUGCGCUCAUGCCCCCCACCACAGCAUCAUUCAACGUGCUCCUGGCGGCACUCGGCAGGGCGGGCAGGCUCAACAAGAUCCCCGCUUUUAUGCAGUCCAUGCAGCGGUGGGGGCGGCCAAGGGACGCCAAGACAUUCGUCUUCCUUAUCGACGCGUUUCUAAGAGCUGGCGACGAGGAGGGUGCCAUGAGGGCCCUGCGGGAAGCAGCAGCCGUGGGAAUGCAGAGGAACGACCAGAAGCUUCCCUUCUCUUCCUUGAUCCAAGUGCUCAUCCCCGCCCGGAACAAGGGCGAUGUGGUUCGAGUGAAGGAGAUAAUUGGCCUCUCUCGUACCCUUUAUAAGAUGACUGAUCCGCGGCUAUUCCGCGACCUCGUUGUGACUAUAGUGAAUCGGUGGGAGAAGGAUAAGGAGUUGAGGGAUCCUGGGGAGGAGGGACAACUGGUGGACAAGGAAGAGGAUCCUUCCUGGAAGCGUCUAGUUUUGGACAUUCACGGGGUGCUGAAGGAUAUGAAGGAGUUGGGGAUCGAGCCGACCAAAAAAACAUAUCAAAUUCUUGAGUCUCUGGGACUGUCACAUAUGUUGUUGGAGAAUGUGUGA